AUGGGAGGAACAAAGACACCUGUGAAGCUACAGGGCUAUCGCGGAGGAUACGCGCCGGAGGAUCAGUGGGGCUCUGACUCAGCACUCGUGGCCCCAUGCUUCACAUCACGUGACUCAAUGCUCCGACCCUCCGACGGUCCACCUGGCAGACCCACAACGGGAUCCAGCGGGAGAUCUACCACCCGAUCCACUCCGCGGACGAUCGGAGGUGUCGGAGAGCUUGUCGGAGGACGACCGGAGGACGAUGGGCUCACUUAUCGGCGAUUGAGCGGCAUUGCUGCCCUGCAGAUGGAAUCUCCUGAUACCGAAAUUUACUUAAAAUGCCGUGGAAAUGGUUGGCUAGGAUACUUCCAUCGUCUCCUUCAGCAUCUCCUCCUCGGCACAUUGGAGUCUGCCGCCCCCUCAGAAAAGGUUUUUGAUCCUAAUCUGGUUGACUGGGAUGGAGACGAUGACCCUGAGAACCCCCGUAAUUGGUCAACACGAACCAAAUGGGCUAAUAUUGUGAUCAUCUCGAUAUUGGCCUUGAUCACGAAUAUGGCUCCCACAAUGUGUGCACCCGGAGUGACAAGCAUCGCUGCUGACCUCCACAUCACAUCAACUGUGGUUAGCACGCUUGCAGUCACCCUCUAUGUCCUGGGAAUCUCGAUCGGGCCGAUGUUCACCUCUCCACUUAGCGAGCUCUAUGGAAGGGUGCCUGUGUAUCAUGGAACGACCUUUGUUUUCGUCAUGUUCAUUAUUGGUGGCGCCUUGAGUAAGACCACCGCUCAAUACAUGGUCUUCCGUUUCAUAUCAGGAUGUGCAGGCGGUACGCCCAUGGCGCUAGGCGGGGGUAGCAUUGCGGAUCUCACCACAGUGCAAGAGAGAGCUAUGGCAAUGGCUCUGUUUAGUCUCGGGCCACUCGCAGGGCCUGUUCUUGGUCCCGUUAUCGGUGGCUUUGUUGCGGCUGGGAAAGGUUGGCGCUGGACCUUCUGGCUUCUAGCCAUUCUCGGUGGAGCUUUCGGGAUUGCAUCCGUCGUGCUUAUGCGAGAAACACAUCCCAGAGUUCUUCUGGACCGAAAGGCCGCUCGUAUGCGUGCCACGACUGGGAACCCGGAUUUGCGCUCAAAGCUGGACAUCACCCUGUCCCCACGCCAAGUUGUCUUACAAGUCCUUGUCCGCCCCCUCAUGCUCCUUGUGCGAUCGCCAAUCUUAUUUGUCAUUUCCCUCUAUGUGGCGUUGGUUUUUGGCGUCAUGUACCUUCUGUUCACUACGUUCACUAGCGUUUUCGAGGGGCAGUAUGGCUUUUCCACGGCUAUUUCUGGCCUAACCUACUUGGGCCUUGGUGUGGCGCUACUCUUCAGCAUGUUCAUCUUCAACAUGUUCAAUGCUCGGGUUUUGGCAGCCCGCAUGAAGGCUGAUGGUGUGCAGCAACCACGCCCAGAAUACCGCCUCCUCUUCAUGAUAUGGUUCAGUCCUUUUGUGGCUUUCGGACUUUUCCUUUACGGGUGGACUGCAUAUUACCAGAUUCACUGGAUUGUGCCCAUAAUCGGGACCUUCCUGAUGGGAUUCGGGGCCUACUUUGUGAUUAUGCCCGCCCAAUUGUAUUUGGUUGAUGUCUUCGGCUCGGAGGCCGCCGCAUCAGCACUGGGUGCCAACAAUUUGCUGCGUUAUAUUUCCAGUACCUUUCUCCCCCUGGCCGGGCCAAGCAUGUAUAAGACCUUGAAUUAUGGAUGGGGGAACUCAUUACUCGGGUUCCUUGCAUUGGCUUUCCUUCCCGGUCCUAUUCUCUUCUAUAAGUAUGGAGAGCGACUACGCGCCAGGACGAAGGUGGCGCUCCAGGCCGGGCCAUGA